UAAAUAUAUUAUUUAGACGAAACGCGCAUGUUCAAACAAUAAAUUUACUAUAAUUAAAACGGGUUGUCUGUAUUAAAAUUCAUUUCAUUCUAAUUUGGUUGAAAAUCUUGCGGAAGCUAAAUAAUUCAAGUCCUGUUCCCAAAAAUACUCUAUGAAUGGAAAACGUCCGCUUUGAGACUCAAUUAACGAUUCUUCAAGUCGACGGGCUUUGGAAACAAGGACUAUUACGGUCUAUGAAACCGUAUUUGCUAAUUAAUGUUGAUGACGGUCAACUCAUUAGAACAAAAUACGCAAGUGGCACAUUCCGAUUAUCAUGGGGAUUUAUUCAUAAUUUAGUAGUGAGUCCUAAAAGCGUAGUCUUGUUACAGCUGUUUGACCAAAAGCGGGUGAACGACGUUUCUGAUGGAUUUAUUGGCUUAGGAGGCGUUACAAUUGAUUCAAUUAUGCCUUUCUAUUGCUCUAAAGAUGAAUAUAAAACUCGAGUUAAUUUACACUCUCCAAACGGGUCCUAUUGUGGAUCUGUAUAUUGUCAAUUCAAACGACGCAAACUGUCGCCCGAGGAAACUCCAAACGAUAAGUCUCAGCAAAACAUUGCUGUUUUUAGCGACAAUGAAUUAAAUACUUGGGAAACUCGGAUUGAUGAUUUUGGACAUAUGUAUUACUAUCCAAGCCCACGACGUUUUGUAGCUCCUUCUAUCACUGUCGAAAAAUUGCAAUCCCUAACUGAUGAGCAACUACAAAAGGACUUUUCAGGAUUUUUAUUUCCAGAAAAUAUGAAGCUCAAAUUCAAUUUAGAUCCAAAUAUUAUUAGGCGCCUCCUUGAAAAUUAUCAACUUGCUCAGUUCGUGCGUCAGCAAGUUGCUGUUGAGAAGGGGCCUUUGCCAUCUGGCUGGGAAAUGCGUCUAAGCGAAGAUUAUCAUAUUUAUUUUGUUGACCACACUACUAAAACAACUACUUGGACUGAUCCAAGAGAUUCGUUGUUACCAGGAAGACCAAUUGAAGGUCCUCAAAACCUAAACGAGUCGUAUCUUCGAAAAAUUCAAUAUAUGUAUGAGAGACCGGAGAUGGCUGUCAACAACACCCAAUUACAGUUGAGAGUUAGUCGUGCUACUGCAUUGGAAGAUGCGUAUGACAUUAUAAUGAAACUGUCAGUCCAGGACAUGCGAAAGCGGCUUCUUGUACGGUUUCGAAAUGAAGAUGGUUUGGAUUAUGGCGGUGUUUCUCGAGAAUUUUUUUACAUAUUGUCUCACGCUGUCUUCGACCCUUCUUAUUCUCUGUUCGAAUACGCAGCCCAAGAUAACUACGGAUUACAAAUCAGUCCUUCCUCCUAUUUUAAUCCUGAACAUUUAACCUAUUUCAGAUUUGUUGGUAGAAUUAUGGGUCUAGCUAUCUUUCAUCGCCGGUAUCUGGACGUCCAAUUUGUUCUUCCUUUCUAUAAACGUCUUCUUCAAAAGCCUCUAACAAUGGAAGACUUCAAAGACAUAGAUGAAGUUUACUAUGAAAGCUUGAAAUGGAUUCGUGAAAACAAAGUGGACGAUUCAUUAUGUCUAAAUUUUAGUUGUGAAGAAAAUAGACUCGGCGAUUCUGUCACAGUUGAUCUCAAAACAAAUGGUCGAAAUUUACCUGUUAAUGAUGAAAAUAAAGAAGAAUAUAUUCAACUUCUUACACAGUAUAAACUUGUUCGUUCCACGCAGUUGCAAUUUGAUGCCCUAAAAGGUGGUUUAAAUGAGUUAAUCCCCGAUAGUAUAUUAUUCCUUUUUAAUGAACGUGAGCUUGAUCUAGUAUUAAACGGUAAACGUGAUAUUGACGUUGAAGAUUGGAAACGCUAUACAGAUUACAGAGCGUACACAGAAACCGAUAGAAUAGCCAUAUGGUUCUGGGAGAUUGUAAGCCAAUGGCCAACCAAUAAAAAGGAAAAACUUCUUCAGUUUUCUACCGGUACCUCUCGUUUGCCCUUGGGCGGUUUUAAAGAUUUACAUGGUAGCGAUGGUCCAAGAAAGUUUACGCUUGAAAACGUGGGCUCCGUUUCUCAGCUCCCGAAAGCCCAUACAUGUUUCAACCGAUUAGAUAUACCUCCCUACGAAUCCAAAGAGGAGUUGGAACGUAAGCUCACAAUUGCUAUUGAAGAAACAGCUGGUUUUGGAACCGAAUAGAUACGAAAGAUGCCUGCGACAUUAUGCUUGGUCUUGACAUACGUAUCGUAUUUUUAAUGAUAUUUAUUUUUUAUAAUGGCUGAAUAAUAAUGCAAUUAAAUAUAUACUGAAUAUUCUCUACUCAAAGUGCCGCUUUUUAUUAGGAAUUGUGGACAUAGUCGGAUUGGAACUUAAGAAGUCAGCAUUUUCCAAUAUAGCAGAAGCAUCUGCCAUGCUACAGUCAGCAGAAGAGAUGUUUUCCAUUAAUUCUGACAACUUCCGCUUUGUUGGCUGUAAGUUAUUAGAAGGCACCAAGUGCGUAUCUUCCAAAAAGGACACAAACUGGGAGGAAUCGUCAAUUUGUUGGAUCUCCUCAGCAAUGCCGCUGGUAUCAAGAAUACUUGGCUCAUUAUCAUUUUUUACUAUUUUCUGAAACACAUCGGAAUCAGUAAGUUCCUCGAUCAAUUCAGAAGCAUCUUCAUUUAGUUUGUUCAUAGUGUCUUGUUUCAUCCGUGAAAAUGUAUCAUCUAGUUCCGUAUACGAUUCAUCCGUCUCAGUAUUUUCCAAAUUAUAUUUUAGUAAACCGUCUCGCACACCUCUAUUAGUUUUGAUUAAGGGAUUAACAGAAGAAGGUGAACGAAUAACAUGGUCAAGACGGGGACGAAGAAAGGAUGAGUCUGUCUCCAACGGAUUUUGAGACUCAAUCUUUGUGCUUUCCGAAAGUUGUUUCGGCUGAUCAGAAACAUCACUUUUCUCGUAACUGAGACGAACUAACUUUGGAUGUGAGCCAACGCCCGUACUCAAACUCGUUUGCGAUGUAUGCGAGCUUAAAUUAUCAUUUCUGUAAAGUUCGAGAGUAUUUGAUAGUUGAAGAUCAAUAUUUUUUUCCUCGAAAAGAGGUGAUAACUGCUCAUUGCUGUCGCUGAGGUCCAACUGAUUUUGCUCCUCUUCUUCACUUUCGAUCUCGAUAACUUCUGGAUUGCCAUUCUGAUUGCUACCAGAAUCAUAAAAUCCAUCUUCCGAUUGCUGAUCUUCGUUUUCUUCCUGAAGACUCUCCUGUUCCAAAGCUUCAUCGGCAUCAUCGGAUACAAUAUAUUCUUGAUUCAAUUGCCGCGCAUCUUCCUCUUCGUCUUCAUAAACUUCGUGAUUCUUCUGAUUCAUCAUAAUGCCUUGGUCGGCCUUAAAAUCAUUCACAUCAUUAUCAAGUUCUACUACAUCAUCCAUAUCUUCCUCUUUUUGGUCAGAAUUCAAUGGGAAUAGCAUCCCACGUGCAGUUGUAGGAGAUUGAUUCCAUAUAUUUACAAUGGACAGACGCGAGGGCCGUCUAGAUUUUUUAUGAGUAGAAUCUUGUAUAGGACGGAACGAAAAUGGGGAGCAGCCAUUUUCGUAUGAAUUGUGUUUCAUACCAUCAAUCCAUGUCAUGAAAUCGUUCGCUGAAAACAUAUCCAAACUAGAUCCUCCCUUACCGGGAGUCAACGUAUUCCUUCGAAACAUGAUGAAAGAAGAGUUUUAUAACAACUAUCGAAGACUGGCUUGUAAUGUAAAUCCGUAAGCUCUUAUCGAAAUGAUGAAGCUUUCCAAAAGUAUAUACAGAAAUAAAAUUCCAAACGGUAGGAAAUAACCUAUUAAAAAU